AUGCCACCAUACCUCGAUACUUCCGCUCCUUCCUCACCGAAGGACAGCUCGCCUCCACUGCCAUCCUUCAAAGAGGCCUUUCCACACUUCUAUGAAGACCCCAACACCCUUCCUCAUUCCUUCGACCCCUUCACAGUCAAUGCAGUGACUGGCUUCCUUCCAACUGCACUCCCUAUCAAGGACCUCCCUGCCACAUUCUCAGCAGUUCAGAAGCUCGUCGAAGUCAUGCCAGUUCAAAAGCUAGAUGGCGCGCCAGGUCUUCUAGGCACUUACACAUUCGGAGAGGUCAUCGACUCUGGUGAAGCAUUGCUUGACCUGACUGAGCACAUCGACGAGCUUAGAGUCGCAGGGACAGGGAAGCUCGACCUCCAUGUCAUCACUGCCCUUUUUCGCGACUACAGUUUUCUUGCAUCAGGUUACCUCCUUGAACCGUGCUGGAAAACAUGGAACGAGCGAAGAAUUGCAGGUGUCAUUCCAGAUGGUAGUACUUCAUCAUACUCCGCUCCUGGACCAGCAGAGUAUGGCUAUGGUCGUUCCAAACUUCCUGCAUGUAUCGCUCGACCGCUAGUGAAACUUGCUGAGAUUCUGGCGAUACCACCGUUCAUGUCCUAUGCUGCAUCGUAUGCGCUGUAUAAUUACUACCUUGAAGAUCCGGCGCUAGGACAUGAGGUGUAUGACAAUAUUCGAUUGGUGAGGGCUUUUGAGAAGGGACUUGACCCGGCAAGCUCGGAGGCAGGAUUUAUCUUGACACAUGUGCAUAUGGUUUCAUUGACGGGACCGUUGAUCAAGGGCGUUGUUGAGGUGAUGGAUGGUAUUGAGAUACUAGCGAAAUCGGGUGUGACGGAAAAGACUAAGCAGGUCAGCAAGAUCGAAGAAGCACUAAGCCUGAUCCUGGCACAAAUGUCAAAGAUCGAAGCGAACAUGGAGCGGAUGUGGGCAAACUCUCGACCGAAAGACUACACCACGUAUCGCACGUUCAUCUUCGGCAUUACUUCUCAGCCACUCUUUCCCGACGGUGUGGUGUAUGAAGGAUGUUUCGGUGACAAGCCAGUCGAUUUCAGGGGUGAAAGUGGUGCAAACGACAGCAUCAUUCCACUAUUGGACAAUCUUUGUCAGGUACCGAUGCCGAAAAAUCCUUUGACGGACAUCUUGAGAGAGUUUCGUGAAUACCGUCCCGAAUCGCAACGCUCCCUCCUCAACUGGACCGAAUCCAAAGCGAAUAUCCUCAACACUCGCUCCUUCCUCACAACAACAUCCCCUCGCCUCGCGAUCCUCUACCUCCGCGUCCUCAACCACAUUCGCUCCUUCCGCUGGCGUCACUGGAUGUUCGUGCGUGAGUACAUCAUUAAACGGACGAAGUAUCCUGUUGCUACUGGUGGAAGUCCGAUCGUGACGUGGUUGCCGAAUCAGUUGAGCGCGGUGAUGGAGUUAAUGGAGGGGGUAUAUAGGGAUAGUGGGUUGAUGGCGUUGGUGGAGGAGGGUAUGUUCCAUGGUGGUGGUGGCGAGGAGUUGGAGGAAGGAGUGAGCGGAACAGAGAAGAAGGUUGUGAAGGAGAUUAUGGAAGUUGUGGAGGAGCAGAAGGCGAGAUUGGAAAAGGAGGUUCGGAAGUAUUGCAUGGAGAGAGGUGUCUGA